GUAAUGUAUGCAAAUAAAUAUAACGAAAAGCCACGGGACAUAACAAAGUUCGCACCUGGAUGCGAAGCUACUACUGAAUUUUGCGAUCUCAACGCAUUUAUUAAGCGUUCUAGGCAGCUCUUCUUCGACGAUGUUGAUUAUCAAUGCACUACAAAUGUUACUAAUUUGAACUUACGUAAGUUUUUCGAAUUUCUUUUUCUGCGAAAUCAUUGGAUGGAGCAUGAAGAGUGGCUGUGGGACAAAUUACGUGGUUUUUUAAAAUCCAGUAAAGGAAAUGGGACUGCGGGCAAAAGUUCCAUAAAAUCAUAA